AUCCGCCUGGAACGACAUGGCCGAGCAUUUGAUGAGCUGGGAUCCAUCCAAGGGGACGCCCUGCGGCGCGCAGGGCUGGGUGGGGAUCAAAUGCCGCCGGGACAACUCCACUGGCCUCGUCCAAGUCGUGUCGAUCGUCCUGCCAAAGGCUUCUCUCGAUGGUGGCUUCCUGGUGGGUGAUAUUGGCUCUCUGUCCAAGCUUGAGAAGCUAGCUCUUCCCGGGAACAGGCUUUCGGGGAGAAUCCCGGUGGAGCUCAGCAUUCUCCAAAACUUGGUAUCUCUAGAUCUCUCGAGCAACCUCUUAUGGGGGACGAUUCCAGUGGAGCUUGGAUCUCUUCAAAAGCUCAAGGCACUCUCACUUGCAAACAACAGCCUCACUGGUGUUAUUCCUCCAGAGAUUGGGAACUUGACACAGCUUACAGUGCUCUAUCUCCAGCAAAACCAGCUUGUUGGAAAGAUUCCAGCCGAGCUCUGCGACUUAACGGCCCUGGAGGCACUCUACCUCCACAGCAACUAUCUCACUGGACCGAUUCCACCGGAGCUAGGCAGGCUCAAGAAGCUGGCAGUUCUUCUACUCUUCUCCAACGAGCUCACAGGUAGCAUCCCUGAAACGCUCGCCAACCUGACCAACUUGGAAGCUCUGGUGCUGUCGGAGAACAGUCUCUCGGGUUCCAUCCCUCCUGCGAUUGGAUCGUUUCCGGUGCUACGCGUGCUCUACCUCGACUCUAACAAUUUGUCGGGAUUGAUACCACCCGAGAUUGGCCUCCUGCCUUGUCUUCAAAAGUAUUGCUCCUCGAAUCCGACCAACGCGUACUUCAACGGGCCUCCGGCUAUCAGGCUCUUCUCCAACAAUCUCCAGGGUCCGAUCCCUCCAGAGAUUGGAAACUUACAGAGCUUGGAGAUUCUGGAACUUAGCUCCAACCAGCUCUCGGGCGGCAUUCCUCCAGAGCUCGGGAACAUGACGUCGUUGGUUCAUCUCGACUUGCAGUUCAACAAUCUGUCCGGCCCGAUCCCUCCAGAUAUUUCUCUUCUCUCUCGCUUGGAGGUACUGUCACUGGGAUACAAUCGGCUUUCUGGAGCAAUUCCAUACGAGGUUGGCCUCCUCUUUUCCCUACGGCUCAUGUACCUUCCUAACAACAGCUUGAGUGGACACAUUCCAGCGGACCUCGAGCACCUCAAAAUGCUCACUCAGGUGGACCUCGAUUUCAACGAGUUGACGGGCUCCAUUCCAAAGCAGCUCGGCUUCCUCCCAAACUUGCAGGCACUCUUUCUUCAGCAAAACAAGCUUCAAGGAAGUAUUCCACCGGAGCUUGGACAGCUCCGGUCGCUGCGGUUUUUAAACCUGGGAAACAACAACCUCACAGGUACAAUUCCUCGAGAACUGAGCUCUCUAACCGGGCUGUCGCAGCUUCUCCUCAACAACAAUUCUUUAAGCGGUGCAAUCCCACCAGAACUCGGUCUGCUGCAGUUUCCUCUCUACUCCAGCCUUCCAGAGCACGUCCACUUUGUUUCGGACCAGUCGGCCAUGGACUUGAGCGGAAAUUAUCUUUCUGGUCCUGUUCCACCCGAGCUUGGGAACUGCUCGCUCUUGACGGUGCUCAACCUUGCGGAUAAUCUCCUGACGGGCACUGUUCCAGAGGAGCUCGGUAGCCUUUCGUUCCUGGCUUCUCUGGUUUUGGAAAACAACCAACUUGAAGGCAAAGUACCGUCGAGUUUGGGGAACUGCUCGGGCUUAAUUGCUAUUCGGCUGGGACACAACAGGUUGACAGGCACCAUACCAGAAAGUUUCGGCCUGUUGACGCACCUUCAAACGUUCGACAUGAGCUUCAACGGGUUGACAGGCAAGAUUCCACCGCAAAUCGGGCUCUGCAAGAGCCUUCUAUCCCUGGCUCUCAACGAUAACGCUCUCAAAGGCUCGAUUCCGACGGAGUUGACAACACUUCCUAUUCUCCAAUUCGCAAGCAUGGCACACAACAAGCUGACGGGAGUUAUACCUCCAACUUUGGACUCGCUAGCUCAACUACAGGUGCUGAACUUGGAAGGAAACAUGCUUUCCGGUAGCAUUCCUGCCAAAGUCGGUGCGAUACGUGACCUUCGCGAGCUUGUCCUGAGCUCCAACCGACUGUCCAACAACAUACCUUCGAGUCUUGGCUCUCUAUUGUUCUUAACGGUGCUGCUGCUGGACAAGAACAACUUCACUGGUACAAUUCCGCCAACUCUUUGCAACUGCUCUAGUUUGAUGCGCCUCAACCUCUCGAGCAACGGGCUUGUUGGGGAGAUACCGAGACUCGGAAGUUUCUUGAGGUUCCAGGCGGAUUCUUUUGCUAGAAACACCGGGCUCUGCGGUCCUCCGCUCCCUUUCCCGAGGUGUUCGGCAGCAGAUCCAACAGGGGAGGCUGGUAACACGCUUGCAGACUUUCACAACUGGAAGAAAUGGCUUACAGUGCUUGGGCCGGCUGUGGCAGUGUUGGCGGUGCUGGUCUUCGUUGUUUUGCUGGCCAAGUGGUUCCAUUUGCGUCCAGUUCAAGUCACGUAUGAUCCGUCAGAAAAUGUUCCCGGCAAGAUGGUGGUGUUCGUCAACAACUUUGUUUGCGACUACGACGACAUCGUCGCUGCAACAGGCGGUUUUGACGAUUCCCACUUACUGGGAAAGGGCGGCUUUGGAGCCGUCUACGAUGCAGUUUUACCCGAUGGCUCGCACCUGGCAGUGAAGCGGCUGCGAAACGAGAACGUUGCGAAUGAUCCAUCUUUUGAAGCGGAGAUAAGCACUCUUGGUCUCAUCAAGCACAGGAACCUGGUGUCGCUCAAGGGGUUCUACUGCAGCGCUCAGGAAAAACUCCUGUUUUACGACUACAUGCCAUGUGGAAGUUUGCACGACGUGCUCCACGGUGGUGGUGUCGCCUCUGCCUCUCCAUCAACGUUGCUAAGCUGGAUGGCUCGUCUUAGAAUUGCCGUGGGGACUGCUCGAGGCCUACUCUACUUGCACGAAGGCUGCUCGCCUAGAAUCAUCCACCGGGACGUGAAGUCGAGCAACAUUUUACUAGACUCGGACAUGGAGCCUCACAUCGCCGACUUUGGACUGGCGAGGCUCGUUGAGAACAAUGCCACUCAUCUCACGACAGGCAUAGCCGGAACUUUGGGAUACAUCGCCCCGGAGGUGGUUUCGACGUGCAGACUCUCGGAGAAAACAGACGUGUAUAGCUUUGGCAUCGUUCUCCUGGAGCUGCUCACGGGAAGAAAGCCACUCGUCUUGGGGAACCUGGGAGAGAUUGUCAGCGUGACUACAUGGGUGAAAGCUAUGAACCAGCAAGGCAAAGGCAUGGAAACAUUCGACAGCGAGCUGGCGUCUUCGAGCCCCUCUUCGGGACCAGUUCUAGUGCAAAUGAUGCAGCUGGCGCUUCACUGCACAUCCGAUUGGCCUUCAAGACGUCCUUCCAUGAGUAAAGUCGUGGCUUUUCUCGAGCUCCUGCAAGAAAGCUUGCUCAGAGAGGAGGAGGAGUCCAAGCAGCUUCUCCUCUUAACCGACAGGGCGGAUCAACAGAGCGAGAAAAUCAGCCUGCCGUCAGACGACAUGAUGGAGAGAUAGAUCGACCAUUCAGGAACAUGGAAAAAAAG